AUGAUAGAUCAUCCAAAAGGAUUCCUCUCCCAAAGAGGAAAAGAUUCACUAAACAUAAAUGGGUUCAAUAAAGCGGGUCGGUUUUCAAGCCCAGUCAGAAUUUGCUAAUUACUAUUUACUACUACUACCAAAAGGAAUUUCAAUCUUUUGGUGGACCCCACAGAAGACCUUUGAAUUUUCGUUACACUGAUCUCAGUAAUUUACAAAUGACCUGAUCCCCUUUUCCGAUCGCCGGAGCUAUGUCGAGCCCAAGAGCACCACCGGCGGCGUCCACAGUCCAGGACUGCUGGGACUGCAUGCUCCCGGGCCCGCCCAGCCGCAGCAACUUCGGAUCCGCCGACGUCAGCACCUCCGGCUUCCUCGCGUUCCCCGCCGGCAGCUCCAUCUCCGUCGUCGACACUCGCUCAAUGCAGCUCGUCGUCUCCCUCCCUAUACCUCCCCCGGCUCAAUUCCAAUUUUCCUCCUCCUCCGCCACGUCAUCGCUCUCCGCCUUCGUCACCUCCGUCCGGUGGACCCCGCUCCCUCUCGGCCGCGACCUCCUCUCCACCGAGCCGUCCAGCUCGCACCUCCUCCUCGCCGCCGGCGACCGUCAGGGCCGCAUCGCGCUCCUUGACCUCCGGAUCAAGACUCCGGUCCUCUGGUUCGACUCCGACGACCGCCACGCCGUCCAGGACCUCUGCUGGGUCCAGGCCCGACCCGACUCCUACCUCCUCGCCGCGAUUUCCGGAUUCUCCUCCCUCUCGCUCUACUCCUCCUCCUCCACCGGCCGCUGCUUCUGGAAGUACGACGCCGCGCCGGAGAUUCUCUCCUGCAUCCGCCGCGAUCCCUUCGAUUCCCGCCAUUUCUGCGUCGUCGGACUCAAAGGCUUCUUGCUCUCCGUCACCGUCUUAGGCGAGACCGAGGACGACGUGGUCAUCAAGGAGCUUCAGAUUCGGACCGAGUGCAAUGAGCUGCUGAAGCUGGAGAGGGAGCUGGCCGCCGGUAGCACGUCGUCGGCUUCGGCGGCGUUCCCUCUCCACGUGGCGAGGUUUGCUUUCUCGCAGCAAUGGAGGCACAUUCUGUUUGUGACGUUCCCCAGGGAGCUUGUGGUGUUUGAUUUGCAGUAUGAGACGCAGCUCUAUACAUCUGCAUUGCCUCGGGGCUGUGGGAAGUUUCUUGAUGUGCUGCCGGAUCCGAAUAACGAGUUUGUUUACUGCGGUCAUGUUGAUGGCAGGCUCAGCACUUGGCGCCUCGGGACAUCUGUUCCUUCUCCAUCAGUUCUUGCUGUGGCCAUCUCCCAAUCAGAUUCGACCUAGCAAAACAUCGGCAAGCUAUAUUCUGACGCACCUGAUUCUCCAUUCUCUGCUGCGGACUUUGAUAAUCCUUUUGAUUUUUGUGACGCGCCUCUUGUUCUUUCUAAAACCCACUUGGUCUCCAUUUCCGAUGAUGGAAAAGUUUGGAACUGGCUCUUGACUGCCGAAGGUCUUGAAUACAAUCACAAGGAUGAUAAAAACUUGGACGGGGUUUCUGAUAGCAGUGACGUGUCAGUUACUGGAACCAAUACAAAUACUGUAGUUGCUUCUACGGGAGGAGAUGGGAUGGAAGCGAGUGAGCAAUCAACAGAGCAAAUGAGCAAUGAUGGCAGAAGCCGGCAUUCAAGAUCUACCAUCGGCCAUACAGAAAUGUCACUUAAGAUUAGCUUAGUGGGACAGCUUCAGCUUCUUUCUUCAGCAGUGACUAUGCUAGUUGUACCUUCACAUUCUUCAACAGCUACUUUAGGCCGUGGGGGGAACUAUCAUGUGGUAGCUGUUCCAUUGGUUGCUUUGGGAACUAAGAGUGGGAUAGUGGAUAUUGUUGAUGUUUCUGCCAAUGCAGUCGCUGCAAGUUUUUCUGUUCAUAACGGAACUGUUAGGGGACUACGGUGGCUUGGAAAUUCUAGACUGGUUUCAUUUUCAUAUACUCAGGUAAGUGAAAAAAUUGGAGGUUUUAUCAACAGACUAAUUGUGACCUGUCUUAGAAGUGGCCUAAAUAAACCAUUUCGGGUUUUGCAAAAGCCUGAAUGUGCACCCAUAAGAGCUUUAAGGACUUCUUCCUCUGGAAGGUACCUUCUUAUUUUGCUCCGUGAUGCACCAGUAGAGGUUUGGGCUAUGACAAAGACUCCCAUAAUGCUUAGAUCACUAGCACUUCCAUUUACGGUUCUGGAGUGGACACUCCCAACAGUUCCAUGCCCCCCUCAUAAUGCACCUUCUAAGCAAUCAUCAUUACCUCCCAAUAAUCAGACAUCUGGGGCAUUAGAUAAGACAUCAUCUGAUUCAAAGGGCUCUGAUGGAUCCCAAGAUGACACUUCCGAAAGCUUUGCAUUUGCACUUGCAAAUGGUGCUCUUGGUGUUUUUGAGGUUCAUGGGCGAAGGAUUCGUGACUUCAGACCAAAAUGGCCUUCUUCUUCAUUUGUCUCAUCUGAUGGGCUAAUCACAGCGAUGGCAUACCGUUUGCCUCAUGUGGUAAUGGGGGACAGGUCAGGAAAUAUUCGCUGGUGGGAUGUAACAACUGGGCAUUCUUCUUCAUUUAACACUCAUAGAGAAGGUAUCCGCAGAAUUAAGUUCUCACCUGUUGUUCCUGGAGACCAUAGUAGGGGGCGUGUUGCUGUUCUCUUUUAUGACAAUACAUUUUCCGUAUAUGAUCUUGGGAGUAAUGUUCCUCAUGAUACAUCAUGUAUUCUUCUCUCACUCAUUUUAAUGUCAUCUCUUGUGCAGUUACAAGAUGCAGGGUGCUGGACUGAUGCUGCUACUUUAGCUGCCACCCAUUGGAAAGGAUCUGAUUAUGCAAGGGUGUUGCUGAGAUGGGCUGCGCACGUCCUCCAUGCCGAACACAACAUAUGGAGGGCUCUGAUUUUGUACGUUGCAGCUGGUUCAAUGCAAGGGGCACUGGCAGCACUUCGUGAGGUCCAACAACCUGACACUGCCGCUAUGUUCAUUCUUGCUUGCCGAGAAAUUCACGCCAACAUCAUCUCUGAUUCAGGAAACUCUGAUCAUGAAUCCAAAUCUUCAAUCAAGGACAAGCUGCCACAUUUGCCUGGGCUGGGACCAGAAAAUGAAGAUGUGAUUGCAGAAGGUGAAUAUUUUGGGCAAUACCAGAGGAAGUUGGUGCAUCUUUGCAUGAACUCUCAGCCAUAUGCUGAAUGAACACCAUUGUCUCAUCACUCGGUUGCAAUCUGGUCAUUCCGUCUGUACUUUAUGUGAGAAUAGGCAAACGUGUGUUGGGAAGAUGCUCUUAUGAAUUCAUGG